CUGCUCUGUUACAGUUGCAACUACCAAUGACAAACAAAAAGGUCUUUCUAUUGUUUGGACGUAGAACUCGAAGACCCAAAACAAAAGCCCUCUCUUUCAAAUCCCAGCAUCAUAUCAUUUCAUCAAACACAAAGCCUGUAUUUUUCAUCACAGAUUUCUCUUAUCACAGUGAGCAUUGCGUCUUUCAAGUGGAGUUGAAUGGACUUUGUAAAUUCUCUGUAGCAAAACAACUGGAUGGAAUUCUGAUCUAUACAAUGUCAUCCAAGUGGACACAGGCACCGUUGGUUGACAACAUUUAGAUAUAUUACAGCAGCUGCUACUCAGGCAAAUAAAUCAAAAGAGAAAAGAGUCCUUUUUUUUCCCUCUUCAUUUGAAUCGAAGAAUAACCCAGAAAAAAUAAAAAUGAUAGAGCAAUCUCUUUCAAAACCUUCAUUCUCAUUGUCAAUUCCCAUCCCUAAAGCCCCUAAAUCCAAAUCCUCCUUUUUUGGCUCCUAUUCAAAAAUUCGAUGUGAAUCUGUUGAUUAUCCCUCUUUGACAAAAAUUGAUGCAAAACACCCACAAAAUUCUACCACUAUCAAUAAUGGCUCUUCAUCAUCAGCGUCUGUGGAUUUGAAGAACAAGGAGAAGGGCCCAUACCCAUAUCCAGGAGGUGGAAAGAUGGGGCCAUACACCGGGAGGGAUCCCAAUGAGAAGAAGCCAGAGUGGUUGAGGCAGAGAGCUCCUCAAGGAGAACGAUUUGAAGAGGUAAAAGAAUCUAUCUCUCGCUUGAAUCUCAACACUGUUUGCCAAGAAGCGCAAUGCCCCAAUAUUGGAGAGUGUUGGAAUGGAGGCGGGGAUGGUAUUGCAACAGCAACUAUUAUGGUUUUGGGUGAUACUUGUACCCGUGGAUGUAGAUUUUGUGCUGUUAAAACCAGCAGAACCCCUCCUCCUCCUGACCCCAUGGAGCCACUUAACACUGCUUUGGCUAUUGCAAGUUGGGGUGUGGAUUACAUUGUUAUAACAAGUGUAGAUCGUGAUGAUCUACCGGAUGGGGGAAGUGGCCAUUUUGCUCAAACUGUUCGAGCUAUGAAGGAACUGAAGCCAGAGAUCAUGGUUGAAUGCUUAACUUCUGAUUUCCGUGGUGACCUAAAGGCUGUAGAUACUCUGGUACAUUCAGGAUUGGAUGUGUUUGCCCACAAUGUUGAGACUGUUAAACGCCUCCAACGAAUUGUUAGAGAUCCCCGAGCUGGGUAUGAACAGAGUUUAUCAGUUUUGAAACAUGCAAAAGUCAGUAAGAAGGGAAUGAUAACAAAAACUUCUAUAAUGUUGGGUCUGGGAGAAACUGAUGAUGAGGUGAAGGAAGCCAUGACUGAUUUAAGGGCUAUAGAUGUUGAUAUUCUAACAUUUGGACAGUACUUACAGCCCACUCCAUUGCAUUUAACGGUUAAGGAGUAUGUUUCACCUGAGAAGUUUGCUUAUUGGAAGGAAUAUGGAGAGUCUAUUGGAUUCCGUUAUGUGGCUAGUGGACCUCUGGUUCGAUCGUCUUACAGAGCAGGGGAACUCUUUGUCAAGACAAUGGUGAAAGAAAGUGCUAAAGAAGCUGCUGCCAUAUCCUAGUCACCUCCUGUAGUCCUUUUUAUCAUUCCAUCUUGAUGGCCAUGGAACAACAGCAACAGCAACUUUACGUCACAAGCAACUGGCUUUGGGACAAACUGUAUCAGAUAUACAAGGUUGAGUUUUCGUUCUCUUGGUUUUUUAUUUGCCAGUGGUAAGUUUUACUGGCGAUAGUUAGUCAUACCGUGAAUUGAUCUAUUUAUUUUUUCCUUCCAUUCUUGUUGUAACUACUCUUUUUCUUUUUUUUUUUCCCAAGAAAACCCAAAGCAUGGUUAAUUGAUAUGGUCAAAAACAAAAUAAAGUUGAAGACCACAAGUU